GACAACCAUUUUUUGAUUCAUGGGAGAUGAGUCAAAAAGCAUCACUCUCAUGUCUUACUCUGUUUAAUUGUUUGAAUUUCUUAAUGUAAUAUACGGGUUUGAAUUAAUCCGCUUCCCGGUGAAUAUAAGAAUGAAUAUACUGGGCAAAUCGAGCUGUAUAUGGAUAUAUCUCGUCUUCGUGCUGCUGGAUUGUUACUCGGAAACGGUUUCUGGGCAGCUCUCUUACUCCGUCUCAGAGGAGGUGAAUCUGGGGACUGUUGUCGGAAAUGUCGCGAAAGAUCUGAACAUCAAUGUCCAGGAUUUGGAGCCCCGCAUGUUUCAAAUCGUUGCUGGAUCAAAGAGGAAAUAUUUCGAGGUAAAUCUAAAAACUGGAGCCCUCUAUGUUAACGGGAGAAUAGAUCGAGAAGAGCUUUGUGGUAAUGACGCCAAAUGCUCACUCAGUGUAGAAGCUGUUAUUAAUAAUCCACUGAAACUGUACCGUAUUGAAAUUACGAUUUUAGAUGUAAAUGAUAAUUCUCCUUUAUUUGAGAGUACGUUGCAAUCAAUGAACAUUACUGAGAGCACAGCGGCGGGAGCAAAAUUUCCUCUGCAUCAAGCACACGAUGCUGACGUGGGUAAAAACACUGUAAACACCUACAGGCUGAGUCAAAAUGAACAUUUCUCUCUUGAUGCACACAAAGUUCAGGGUGUAACUCCUGAGAUGGUGCUUCAGAAAGUUUUAGACAGGGAAAAACAGUCUGUGAUUACGCUCACACUGACUGCCAUCGAUGGGGGAACACCUGCUAAAUCCGGAAGCAUGACAAUAAUAGUUAAUGUACUGGACGUUAAUGACAAUCCUCCCGUUUUCAGCCAAAGGUUGUAUAAAGCCAGAGUCUACGAAAAUGUUAAAAUAGGCACACCAAUAAUUACAUUAAAUGCGACUGAUUUAGAUGAAGGACAAAAUGGAAAAGUGAUAUAUUCAUUUAGUGAAGUUGGUCAGGGGAAACAAACUAAUUCAUUUGUUAUAGAUGAGAAAACAGGAACUGUAACGAAUAAAAGGAAUAUUGACUAUGAAGAAAGUAAUGCUUUUGAACUUCGAGUACAAGCCAGUGAUGGAGCCUCUUCCCCUCUCACGUCACAUGCUAAAUUACUGAUUGAGGUUUUAGAUGUUAAUGACAACGCACCUGAAAUUUCACUCACAUCACUGUUGAACACUGUUAAAGAGGAUGCAUCAGUUGAAACAGCCAUUGCUCUUGUUUCAAUAUUUGAUAAAGAUGGAGGUAAAAAUGGGAUGGUGACAUGUAAAAUUUCCAAUAACGUUCCUUUUAAAUUGGAGUCAAAUUAUAAGAAUUCAUAUUCAUUAGUUGUGGACGGUCCUCUUGACCGAGAGACUGCACCUCAGUACAACAUCAGCAUCACUGCUACUGAUGAGGGCAGCCCACCUCUCUCCAGCACGAGUGUUAUAACUGUUCAUGUGUCAGAUGUAAAUGACAACAAACCUCAGUUUUCGGAAAGUGUGAUCAACAUCUACGUGAAAGAAAACAGUCCAGUAGGAGCAGUUAUUAAAAAAGUGACAGCAGCUGAUGCAGACAUUGAUCAAAAUAGUCAGGUGAGUUAUUCCUUUUUACAAAGCAGCAGUGACUCAGUGCCGUUUUCUACAUUAUUAAACAUCAACUCAGAAACUGGAGACAUAAUCAGCCUUCAUUCUUUUAACUACGAGGAGUUAAAAACGUUUCAGUUUAAAGUUCAGGCCACAGACUCUGGUGUUCCUCCGCUCAGCAGCAACGUGACUGUCAACGUUUUAAUCCUGGAUGAAAAUGACAACAGUCCCACGAUUCUCACGCCAUAUUCUGAGCACGGCUCCGUUAACAGUGAGAAUGGAGAACUGAUCAGUAUUAACGGAGGAGACACUUUUACCAGGACUCAGACUUUGCCUAACAAAGAGAAGCUCUCUUACUCCGUCUCAGAGGAGGUGAAUCUGGGGACUGUUGUCGGAAAUGUCGCGAAAGAUCUGAACAUCAAUGUCCAGGAUUUGGAGCCCCGCAUGUUUCAGAUCGUUGCUGGAUCGAAGAAAAAAUAUUUCGAGGAACACCUGCUAAAUCUGGAAGUAUGA